CCACAGAGGAUAUAUUUUUCCUGGGGAAGUUGCAAGUUGCGGCAGGAAGAGCUGUACAUACUUCAUUUGUCUCCCAGCAGAACAGCAUCAAUGGGAGCUUGCACCAUGUUCUUUCGCUCAUGCAGGCAUCUUCUCUUGAUGCUCCUGGGCUUCAGCUGGUUAGGUUUAGGGAUUACCACUGUGAAAGCAGCUCGGCUCCGGGAGCAUUACAUAGCAGCACAAGUCACCAGCUGGGGCUAUGGAUCCCCACCCAAGGAGCAAUCCAGAUUACCAAAUUCAGGACCUCUAUUCAACAAAAUUGUCUACAGAGAGUAUGAAGCAGAUUUCCAAAAAGAAAAACCAAUAGAUGCUCUAUCAGGGCUUCUGGGGCCAACACUACAUGCUGAAGUGGGAGAUACGCUCAUCAUUCAUUUUAAGAACAUGGCGAACAAACCACUGAGCAUUCAUCCACAAGGCAUAGCAUACAACAAACAAUCCGAAGGUGCCUCAUAUACUGACAGAACAUCGCCUACAGAGACAUUAGAUGAUGCUGUGCCUUCAGGUCGGACGUACAAGUACAUGUGGGAGAUCACUGCAGAGAUUGGGCCUAGAAAGGCUGACCCUCCUUGUCUCACCUAUAUCUACUACUCCCAUGAAAAUAUGGUACAGGACUUCAAUUCUGGUCUUAUUGGUGCCCUGUUGAUAUGUAAAGAAGGAAGCUUAUAUGAAAAUGGGACACAGAAAUUGUUUGACCGAGAAUAUGUGUUGAUGUUUGGUGUGUUCGAUGAAAGCAAAAGCUGGCAAAAAGCAACUUCCCUCAUGUACACGAUUAAUGGUUAUGCUAAUGGAACUCUACCAGAUUUAGAGGCCUGUGCUUACGAUCGCAUUAGCUGGCAUUUGAUAGGGAUAAGCUCUGCACCAGAGAUCUUCUCCAUUCAUUUCAAUGGACAAACCCUGGAGCAAAACCGCUAUAAAGUGUCAACUGUCAGCCUUGUUGCAGGGGCAUCAACAACAGCAAACAUGACUGUGAGCCGCACAGGAAAGUGGCUAAUAUCUUCUGUUGUCCAAAAACAUCUCCAAGCUGGAAUGCAUGGUUACCUCAGGAUAGAGGACUGUGGAAAUCCAGAUACAUUAACCAAGAAAUUAUCCUAUAAAGAAUGGCGAAUGAUUAAAGAAUGGGAAUAUUUCAUUGCUGCAGAAGAAGUCAUCUGGGAUUAUGCUCCACAAAUUCCUGAGAGUGUUGAUAGACAAUAUAAAGCCCUGUACCUGGACAAUUUUUCAAAUCUCAUUGGCAAGAAGUACAAAAAGGCUGUUUUCAGGCAGUAUAAAGAUGCCAACUUCAGCAAACAUACAGAAAGUACCUGGCCAAAGGACCGUGGAAUUUUGGGCCCUGUUGUCAGAGCUGAGGUUAGAGACACAAUAAAUAUUGUAUUCAAAAAUAUGGCCAGUCGACCUUACAGCAUUUAUGUGCAUGGAGUAACACUUUCAAAAGAGGCAGAAGGAGCUGUUUAUCCUUCAGACUCCAAAGAGAACACCACUCGGAGUAAAAUUGUCCAACCAGGAGAAACGUAUACGUACAAAUGGACUGUACUUGAAACUGAUGGGCCCACAGCAGAAGAUGCUCAGUGUGUCACCAGAUUAUAUCAUAGUGCUGUGGAUGUGACAAGGGAUAUUGCCUCAGGACUGAUUGGACCUCUUCUGAUUUGUAAAGGCAGGGCACUUGACAAGAAGGGAGUACAGAAUAAGGCUGAUGUAGAGCAGCAUGCCGUCUUUGCAGUGUUUGAUGAAAACAAAAGCUGGUAUCUGGAGGACAAUAUCAAGCAGUACUGCAGCGAUCCCUCCACUGUUAAAAGAGAUGACCCUAAAUUCUACAAGUCUAAUGUUAUGCACACUCUCAAUGGCUACGCAUCCGAUAGAACAAAUAUCUUGGGAUUUUGCCGGGAUGUAAUUGUUGAAUGGCAUCUCUCCAGUGUAGGCAUCCAAGAUCAGAUAGUGCCUGUACAUCUUUCUGGUCAUACUUUUCUGAACAAAGGGAAAGAUCAUGAUAUAUUAAAUCUUUUCCCCAUGAGUGGUGAAUCAGCAACUGUGACCAUGAACAAUGUUGGAACCUGGCUUCUGUCAUCCUGGGGCUCCCAUGAGAUGAGCAAUGGUAUGAGAAUGAGGUUUAGGGAUGCCAAAUGUGAAAGUGAUUACUCAGAAGAAGAUGAGGAUUAUGAUGUCUUUAUGCCCCCUGAGAUACUUCCCACAGCUGUUGCUACAAGAAGAGAAAAGGAAGAAAGAGGCGCAAUAGCAGAAGAUGAUGAUUAUCAAGAAAACUUAGCUACACUAUAUGGGUUUCAAGAGGAUGGGGAAAAAAUCUCAACCAACAGAGAGGAUGAGCACAAAGAGGAGGAUUACCUAGCUUCACUGCUGGGACUUCGAUCAUUUAACAGUUCAGCUACCGAGGAAGAAGAGUAUAAUCUUACUGCUCUUGCCAUACAAGACACUUAUGGCAAUAGCUCCAUGAAAGACUAUGACAUACCUGUAACCUUAGAUCUGGUGCUCACAAAUAAUAAUGAUACUUUGCAUGGUGAUGAAAUGCUGGCUACUCAAAGUACCACGUCUUACUCCAAUGCUGUUGAGUCACUCAACCUGACUUCCACUUCUUUGGCAGAAGAGAUUGUGUUUUCAAAUAUCACUACACAACUUAGCAUCUUGUCAUCUGAUGAAGGUAAAAGUGAUGACGGAGAUAAUGCUACAGCGAUCUCAAUGAGUUAUAACCAAACAAAUGGGCUAGAGCUCCUGAGAACUGAAGGGAAAGUGCGGAGCAAGAGUACAGCAGAAUUAUUAGCUGACACAGAGAAUAGCACAGUGGCCACUUUUUCACAACCCUCUUCAGAGAAGGAAGAAGAAAACACUGCAGAUGGCAAAGAUACUCUGGAUGGAGAGAAGGAGAAACAAGGCCUGUCAGAAGCAACAUUUUAUGCUGUUAAACAAAUGCGUGCUCUGCUGUUUCAUGUACAACAAAAGAGAAAUCUUUCUGCUUUAGGCAAUACAACUACAGGUAUUGACUUUCUUGCCAUACCUAGAGCAGAAAACAACUCCAGCUUAGAUAAUUUAAAAACUGAUUACAAUUCAAAUGAUUAUGAGGAGGAUGAAUUUUCUAUCCAUUCAACUAAUUUAACUUUGGCUGUGGGAGAGAUAGAAGAAAAUGAUAGAUUUAAACCACACCAUGCUACUGAAUUAGAGUUGUCAAAAGUUCAGCAAUAUGGUAAUUCAACUUUGGAUGAUGUUUUAAGCAGCUUAGUUACUACUCUAAUUCCAAAGUCACUAAAAGAAAGUCUGAAAAUUUCACCUCUCAAAGGACAGAAGUGUCCCUCUAAAAAGGCAAAUUAUGAAUGGAAUUUUGUCUUUGAAAAAGAGAAUUAUGGCACAGGAACAGACCUUACUAAGACUGUUGAUUACAACAUUCAGAACAGCUCCACAAAUGCCACAACAGAUUCAGAAAAUGCCAUAUUCCCUAGUAAGAAAACACAAGAGUUGUAUAAAGGAGACUCCCAACCUGAGCUUGGACAACAGGAAAUGGGCAGCAAGCUCAGAACCCUGAGUGAAAAUAAAAAUGAAAACUGUACUAUGAGGAAAUCUGGUAUUUUCCUGAAAGCCCGACGAAAGAAGAAAAGGGAACAUUUACGUGUCUCAAUGAUUCCAAGAGGUUUCAAGCCUCCAGUGUCAUCUAAAGAACUCAACUAUACCCAAGCUCUCAAUAAAACCAACCACACUAUGCCACUAAAUGAGGCAAAUUACACUCUGACACCAAGACAAAAUACUUUUGUCAAGAUAGGCCUUCCUAAUGAAAAUGGGGACUAUGAUGAGUUUGACCGAAUAUACUCAGAUAGUGAAGAGAGUUCCAGUGGUUCAUUGGAAUAUGAGACAGUACACUAUGAUGAUCCAUACACAACAGAUUCCCGACUUAACUUUAGUUCAGUGCGUAACGCCCAUGACAUAGCUGUGCACUACCUACGUGCUUUUGGUGAAGGAUACAGGAGGACAUACUACAUUGCUGCUGUAGAAGAUUUGUGGGACUAUGCACCAUCUAGAAAAAGUACAGUGAAAAGUGGCUCAGCCAGCACAGUGCACAAAAAGGUCAUUUUCCAAGGUUAUCAAGAUAGCACUUUCAGAACGCCUGUAGUUAAAACGGAAUAUGAAGAUCACCUUGGCAUCCUUGGUCCCAUAAUUAGAGCUGAAGUAGAUGAUGUUGUCCUGGUUCACUUUAAAAAUUUGGCAUCCAGGCCAUAUUCUCUUCAUGCCCAUGGACUUUCUUAUGAGAAAUCUUCUGAAGGCAGAAGCUAUGAUGAUCAGUCUCCAAAAUGGUUCAAGAAUGAUGAUGCAAUCCAGCCAAAUGGCACCUAUACCUAUGUCUGGCAUGUAACCAAACGGUCAGGACCUACACAAGAUGGGAAUGUUUGUAGGACCUGGGCCUAUUACUCUGCUGUAAACCCAGGAAAAGAUAUACACUCUGGCUUGAUUGGGCCAAUUUUGAUCUGUAGAAAAGGAAUGCUUAACAAGUACAACAAGCUGACAGAUAUGCGGGAAUUUGUUCUACUGUUUAUGACCUUUGAUGAAAAAAAGAGCUGGUACUUCAAUAAACAGGCCAAGAAGACUUGUUCAGACAGAACUGCUGAUGCUGACAGAUGCUAUACGUAUCCUGCUAUUAAUGGGAUCCAGUACCAACUGCCUGGGUUGCGAAUGUAUAAGGAUGAGAUGGUUCAUUGGCAUCUGCUGAACAUGGGUGGACCAAAAGACAUUCAUGUCGUUCACUUUCAUGGUCAGACAUUUACAGAACAGGGAAUGGAAGAUCGUCAGCUUGGCGUCUACCCGCUUCUUCCUGGUUCAUUUCGCACUGUUGAAAUGAAGCCAUCAAAAUCCAGUGUGUGGCUCUUGGACACAGAAGUUGGUGAAUAUCAGCAAGAUGGAAUGCAGACUACUUUUCUUGUUGUUGAUAAAGAAUGCAAGAUACCUUUGGGCCUGGCAGGUGGCAUUAUACAAGAUUCUCAAAUAAGUGCUUCUGGACAUAAAAUUUACUGGGAACCAAAACUGGCCAGAUUAGACUAUACUGGGAGAUACAAUGCUUGGAGCGCUGAGAAGAAGGAAAAUGGUUCCUGGAUCCAGGUGGACCUCCGAAGAGAAGUUCUAAUCACAGGGAUUCAGACCCAGGGAGCCAAGGAGUUAACAAAACACUUGUAUACAGAAGAAUAUUUUAUUGCUUACAGCAAAAAUGGAAAAAGGUGGAGAGCUUUCAGAGGAAACAGUACAGGGACACAGAAGUUUUUUAAAGGGAACUCUGAUGGCUCUGGAAUAAAAGAAAACCACAUUGACCCUCCUAUAGUUGCUAGGUACAUUAGGGUGUAUCCAACAGCAUGCUAUAACAGACCUACUCUUCGUAUGGAACUGCUGGGUUGUGAAAUAGAAGGCUGCUCUAUGCCGUUGGGUUUAAAAAAUGGGGAUAUUAAGGAUACACAGAUUACAGCUUCCUCCUAUAAGAAGAAUUGGAUAAGUUCAUGGGAGCCAUCCCUUGCCCGCAUCAAUAACAAGGGGCGGGUGAAUGCCUGGCAAGCAAAGUCAAACAACAAUAAUCAGUGGCUGCAGAUUGAUUUCCUUCAACCUAAGAAGAUAACAGCUAUCAUAACCCAAGGUGCUAAAACACUGACUACUGAAAUGUAUGUGAAAACAUUUUCCAUCCUUUACACUGAUGAUGGUUCAGCAUGGAGGCCUUAUUUGGAUAGCUCAACUUCCAUGGAAAAGAUAUUCAUGGGGAAUAUUAAUAGUAAUGGACAGGUCAAGAACUUUUUCAACCCACCUAUAUUUUCGAGGUUCAUUCGCAUUGUUCCCAAACUGUGGAAUCAGAGCAUUGCUCUUCGGGUGGAACUUUUUGGUUGCAAUGUUUUCUAAGAGUUGGACAGGGGGCUGUCAAAUUAAGAAGAUCCAGAGCUUUAAAUCUGCUGUUGCCAGUUGUAAAAAGAAGAAAACAACACUCUUGUCAUGAUUCUCUUCUGUAUAAUCAAAGCUCUUUCAGCUGUAGAUUUGGAAAUACCUUUGUAAAUAAAUAUCAAUUAAAAGACA